AUGUCUGGGUGGAAACAUGCGUUUUCGUUAAGCAAGCAUGAGGUGCUGCAGGCCACGCCUCCGGGGACGGCGAAGUUGAUUUGUGAGUCACGACAUGAAGACGAAUCCGUGGGCGGGUCCCGAAGAUCAUCAGCCUCCCUUAUUCGAUUUCCCCAGCCGUCCAAAGAUCCAGCCGACCCUCUGAACUGGCCAUCAUGGCGCAAGUUCGCUCUUCUCUUGACCGUUAGCCUCUACUCGUUUGCAGGCAACUUCACGAGUGCCAGUAUUGCGCCAGGACUUCAGCUGUGGUUCAAAACGUUCCCGACACAAAUUCGGCCUUUCAGCGACUUGACGUACUUCAUUGCGAUCAGCACAUUGUUUCUCGGCGCCUCAAACAUUUGGUGGGUUCCGUUGUCGAAUAUUUUUGGUCGAAGGCCGGUGCUGCUCGUUGCUACACUUCUCAUGACUGUUAGCACCAUAUGGUGCGCAGUUGCGACUUCGUACAACUCUGUCCUCGUUGCCAGAAUCUUCCAAGCUAUAGGUGGAGGUGCUUCUGAGACUGUUGCUCCGGCUCUUAUUGGCGAGGUUUUCUUCGUUGAUGAGCGUGGCAGGGCCAUGGCAAUUUAUACUGUCUUUCUUGCUGGUGGUCCACUCAUUGGUGGUAUUGCUGGUGGCUACAUUGGGUAUCAGCUUGGCUGGGCCUACAUCUUCUGGGUUGGCGUUGCCAUCUCUGCGGUGUGUUUUGUCGGGGUCCUCUUCUUCGUCCCCGAGACCUUAUACGAACGUACUUUGGCACCUGUUGAUCCGGCCGUCAUCAACAACGUCGAUGAAAAAGGGAUGGAAAGCUACGUCGAGGAUGUUGGGAGUCAAGACGCGAAUCACAGGCCCUACACGUUCGGCAGAUCUCUUGGCUUUACUCACUAUCGCGGCGGUGUGGCUCGCAAUUUCAUUGCGCCAUGGCGAACAGUUGCUCUCCCCGGAACCUGGGUUGUCAUGUUCCACUACGCCGGUCUCGUCGGUGGUAUCGUCACCAUUUCCACGAUCGGGCCUCAGCUGGUGGCCAUGCCACCUUACUCAUGGGGCGCCAACGUAGGCCUCAUUAAUAUGGGAGGUGUCAUUGGCACAAUCCUUGGUGCAUUGUACACAUACCUUCUCUCCGACGCCCGGCUGAAAAAGGCUGUGAAAACACAGGGGGGCCUGGCAGAGCCUGAGAACAGACUCCCAACAAUGUUCCCUGCGCUUGCUAUCGCCACGGGUGGAUUUUUCACGUUUGGGUUCGUCGCUCAGUAUCCUUCGCCAAACGGCUGGGUUGGCCUGUGUGUUGGGUUUGCCAUGGUUGCUUUUGGACUCAUGCAGGUGCCCUCGGUCGGAUUCAACUAUCUCAUCGACUCGUACGGUCGUCUUUCAGGAGACUGCUUUGUGGUUGUGACUAUCAUGCGUGCCAUAAUCGCAUUUGCCUGGACAUUUUUUGUAUCGCAUUGGGUCGAAGAAAAGGGUGCCGCAGAGCCAUUUGGCAUAUUUGGUAUGUUGAUGGGAAUCUUCUCCAUGCUCACAGUUCCAGUGUGGAUGUACGGAAAGCGGACGAGGAUUGCAACUGCGAGCCUGGUUGAAAGGACCUGA